CUUUCUUCUGUUCAUCCCAUGAUGUAUGCCUGGUUUGUUGGUUUUCAAAACUUCCUCAUGCUCCUUCUUCUUCAUCCUUUACUGUAAUCUGAUCACUGAUUGUCGAAAAUCAACGGAAUUUCAUAGCGACGACUCCAAUUGAUCGAAUCAUUCAGUCCUCUCAACACAUGGACGACGAGCCUCGGUGACCUCAACACAACUACACCUACAGCGUCUCGUUCAAGUCGCGCACCACGUUUCCCACCCGCCCAUCAUGCUUCUUCUUCCAAGUGGGCUCCCCGAGCCCAGUGUCCAUACCAUGGCUUCUGUCGGCUAUGUCCAAGUGGCCCUCAUCUGGGUUGUUUACGCCAUCGCAGUUGUCCUCCUCCUCUCCAUCGCUUCGCUAUUCGUCUACCUCUACCAAACACACCGAGAACGGUCCAUAUUGGUCACAACCGUCUGCAUCUUCACCAUCACUGCCCUCCUAGCCACCGUUUUACUCCUCCCCGUCGAUGUUGCUCUGGUCUCCAGUACUACUAGCUCCAGAACAGGUCAACGCAAAGAUUGGGCCUCCCAAGAUAAAGUGGACGACAUAACAUUUACUCUGCGAGUGGUGUAUUACUUCCUUUACUCGCUUGAUGCCGUUUUGUGUCUCGUUGUCAUUCCAUUCACCUAUUUCUGGUAUGAGGAAUACGAUGAAGUCGCUCAAGAGGAGGGUUCACAAACUUUUGGCUCCCGGUUCUGGGGAGCUUUGAAAUUCACGUUGGCUUUUGUCUUUCUCGUCGUUGCCAUUUUCCUUGUCGGAUUCUUCAUUCCAAGAGCCUCGAACCAUGAAGGGGCGCACUUCGAUCUCGAUUUCUUCAAGAGAUUGCUGGCCGAGAACCGAGGUGAAAAAGCACUGACUUUUGCCCUGGGCAUCCUCAUAACACUUGGCAUUGUUCUCUAUUGCUUCUACACUGCUGCAGGCCUGGCUUUAUUGCCUCUGACCCUCAUCAAAUCUGCUCCAGCUAUAUCAGCUCCUGCUCUGACAGAAUCCACUGCUGCCCAGCUUGAGAAUAAUCAGGAAAGGCAACGGCAAUUAGAGGGUCGAGCUCAGGGAAAUCCUGAUGGUCUAUCUUCCAAAGACCAGCGUGAACUCGAUGCAUUGGUCCGAGAGGAACGCACCCUGCGACGGCACCAGCGACUGGCCGCUGAAGCAUCUGGUCGAGACCGAAAUAUCUUCUGGAAGAUUUGGCUCAAGUUGGAGGCUAUUUUCCGACCAAUUAAGCUCCUUCUAGGAAUGCUUUUGGUGCUGGUGGUACUCUUGGUCUUUGUCAGUAUGCUCAUUACCGGGAUUGACAAGGCUAAGAAUUCCAUCUGCAAACGACACUGCGGCUAUCUCCUUGGGCACAUCAACAUCUUUCAGCCCGUCAACUGGAUCCUGGUCAAGUCGGCCAAGGUCUUUCCUGUCGACUAUGUCAUAUUUCUGCUACUCGUCCUCUUAUUCUUCAGCGCCUCAGUCAUCGGCAUCGCAACCAUUGGAAUCCGCAUUUUAUGGAUCACGAUCUUCCGGAUUCGAAAGGCUCAUACUUCACCCCAAGCCUUACUCAUUGCUACGGUUCUACUGACGUUAAUGACUUUGGCGAUUAAUUAUUCUAUCGCCAUGCUCGUCGCGCCCCAAUACGCAACUUUUGGGCCACAAACAUUCUGCGAUCAUCCUCCCAAACAUCCUGGCGAACAGCCCGACUGCACGAAUCACCUGCAGCACAUUAUCCCAUGUACUGAAAACACCGACAAUCCUGCAGCAAGGAAUGUCUGUACUCCUUCUGUUGUUUCGACCUUUUUGAACCGAGUCACGGUCAACUAUCCAUUUUUUGGAAUUGUCGACUUCUGGGCACAAUUUGUGUUUCUGGGCAUCUUCCUUAUGGCGUUCAUCUUACUUCUUUUCAGAACCCCCAAGUUAUCCGACACAGAUGCUGACGAGGAUGAGCUGGAAGAGGAAGAGGAAGGACUUCUUGCAAGCACCGGGCGACGCUUUGGGGCAACAUGGCAAGAUAUCACGGGCCGCACCAGCCAUGGCGGCAGGAACGGUGGUGCACAAGGCCGUGGGACGCGUGAUGUGGUAGAUGAUUGAUGCUAGGGCAAGGAGUGCGAAAAUGAUGGGGCCAGGAUGAGAGGCAUAAUUUGUCACUCUGUUUAAGCGGGCAUAUGAGAGGCAUCGACUUUGACCAACAAAAUGUGGAGCCUCAGCACUCAGGCGUCAGGGGAUUCCUUCGAAGUGCAGAUUGUAACAGCAGGACAUCUAGCGAAGGGCGAAAGGACUCGUUGUAUCCAGGUUCUCUACGUGGUCCUCUGAUGCUUAUUACUUGACGUAUAUGACAUGUUGAAUUAAUACACGAAAAUUGA